AUGGGGUUGCGGGUUACAGAUUCCAAACUUAGCUCCACCCGAGCUGAAAAUGGCCGGAGCACGCUGCCUCCCCUCCCGGAGGCUACUGAAGCCGCCACCUGCCCCUGCCCUCUCCCCGCCCUUGGACCGAUUGCCCAAGGACUGGCGCACGAACCAACACCUUUGCCCAGCUCGGCUUUUGCUGCGCUCUUUGAGGACACACUGGCCUCGCACAAACAGCCCAGGACCUCUCCAGCCAAGCUGCACGCAGACCCGCCGCCUGACCAGCUGCGCAAGAAGGUUGGUAAUGCCCGACGUGACCAAACCUUCGCCGCCAACCCUGGUAGCCCUACCGGCGACUCCAGGGAAACCACCGGCGCGCUACAACAGGUCGGCUCUGGGGUGCGCCGACAGGUGCGCACGCUCUCUGCAGCGGUCUCUGGCCCCACGAGCGCCCGGAGACGGGCGGUGGAGGCAAAGACUGACUCGGGGCAGCGGGAGGCACGGGUGCCAAGAUCCCAGGGCUCUAAAUUGGCAGCGCCGGGACCUGGGCUCCAGGCUCUGAGCGGCUUAAACGCUGCGCGCCCGUGCGACUUCCCUCCGGAGCCUAGAGUCUCCGGAGUUCUUGCCCAAUCCCAUUCUGAUUACUUUCCUCACAUUGCAACAGUGUCGCUAACAGCGCAGCUGCUCUUAAAUCGUGAAAGUCGGUGCGCGCACCUCCGAAUCACAUUUCGGGCGGCUGCCAAAGCCAACUCGUUUGACACUGGUCUUUCUAGGAGAAAAAAGAAACACCUAAAACAAGUGACUUACCAGUGCUGUUUUGGUGCGCAGCUAGAAACCUGGAGUGCGGUCCGGAAUCGCUCGCGCGUCCGGGGCACCAGCCGGGAGACCUCAGGUUGUCUCCAGCGGGACGCAAGGAGCGCCCCGCUGUCCGGAUUCGCUCGCGCGUCCGCGGCACCAGCCCAGAGACCUCAGGUUGUCUCCAGCGGGGCGCAAGGAGCGCCCCGCUGUCCGGAUUCGCUCGCGCGUCCGCGGCACCAGCCCAGAGACCUCAGGUUGUCUCCAGCGGGACGCAAGGAGCGUCCUGCCAUCCAACAAGCCUUUGGCCACCGGGGCAGCGGCGCCCUGGGGAGAUUUGGGGAGCUCUCUCCACCUCACUCAGACCCCCGAUCCCGGGCUGGCUAG